AGACUCCGUUACUCUUCUGAAACAAAGCAACUCACCGAUGGUUUAUUCUUUUUUUGAGUUGAGUUGAUCUCCCGCUCCGUUCAGGCUGUUGCGGUCUUUCUAUCCGGAGUCUUGGAUCAGAAUUACCAUAAUAAUAAUACUUAGUGAACGCCGUCAAGUGGUUUCAUCUCCAGCGGGGUGGGUUCAGUAAUGGCCGUCGCCCAGUGAGCACUCCGACGUACGCCGUAGUCACAAGUCACAAGCACAGUAAUACUUUAGGAGUCAUAUAGCGAGCUGCUAGUGAGAUACGGAACUUGCCGGACAAUCCGAUAGAGCAGUCUCUUGCCUUUUAGUUUGUUCAUGGCAUGCCCUACUUCGAGUUUGGGUUUGGCCGCGUCGGGAUAAGCGUACCUGUAGCAAGACUACCGGCAAGCCUCAAAGGGACCCAGCGCGCCGCCAGCGCGCCUCCCACUUCAUUCUCGCUGCCUCACCUCCUCUUCGUUCGAUCCUCAAUAAUUCACCUCUUCUCCCCCCCAGCACGAGGUCGUGAGCAUGCAAAUUGCUGUCCAGAUCCUCGACUCUCCGUCGUUGUCGCCCCUAGAGGUGACUGCGACGCUCUCCCGGAGAUGAGACGACCUCCGAAGCUGCUGCUUUGGAUGGCCUUUCGCAGCGUGACCAAACUGCCGUCUCUGCCAUUCCUCAUUCUCGCUAUCGUCACCCUCGUCAAGGCUCAAACGUGCGCCUUCACAGACGACAGCUGCAUCGAUCCCCUCGCUCAGACAGCUGUGCCGUUGUCUUUCAGCCCCCUGUUUCCGCAAAACAUCACCUUUUAUUAUGGCUUCGAUGCCGCUUAUCUUUCCGCCUCGGAGGGUUUGUCACUGGACGGACAGAGUGAAGGACCGAUAGUGAAGGGCAGCUUCUGGCUUGGAUACGGUUCUCAUAUGUCUUCUACUGACGUUCACGCCAAUCAUACCUCCGAAGUCGCCGUGCGCGUGGGAAACCUGACUGGCUCCCCUAGCGGAGGAAAUAAUGGCUGCGAUGGUGUCUGGGGAUCUGAAUGCUCGCAGGAGAUCAAACACCUGCUGCAAGGGUCCAUCUACGACCUCUCUGUAAUGGGAUCCUAUUACACCAAUCCCCUGCAGACAGUACUCAGGCAGCUAUGGCAGACACCACUAGCAAUUGUCUCAUGCCCUUCAACUUUAUUCACAGUCCAGACAAUUCCGGCUGAAUCAUUCGCCCAAGAAAAUGAAGUCGGUCAGUCGGUGCAGAUUAUGGACCCGGGGAACAGUGUCUCGCCGUGGCAGACAUGGUUUGUUCACGGGGUUUCUGCUUCUGAGCAAGCGGAACAGGUUGCAGUCGGGAUCCUUUCGAGAGGCCCGACCUAUGCUUCCGAACCGUUGAAGAGUCCACAUGAUGUGCAGAUUGAACUCGUCUGUGUCAGGGCCCCGCAAGAAGCACGUUGAACCAGACAUGCUUUGUCCUCAGGACACAAAGAAGCUUCGAUGUCUGACAUCCACCUUAUGGGAUUCCAAGGAGGCGAUACAAGGGUAUGAGGAAGACUUCUGUGGGGUGUUUCAACGAUCUCCGGACGCUCCCUACUCUCCACCCAAUAGCUAUAUUGAGCACGCCCUAGCCCACGCAAGCACCACACCGCCUGAGGCUCAGUUGUUCAAGCACACUUAUUCUCACUCUCGGUGGUUGAAAGCCAGCUGGUGGUUAGGAAUAUUCGCAAACGCGCUAUCGUCGAGGAUGAC